CUGUCUGUUUUCCUUUAGCUCGUAGAUACUAACAUCGUGCAGAAGUACAUUGCAACAUCAGUGCGCAGCUCACCCUGGCCUGAAACAGUUCACUCAUACGACUUUUAUUUGUGGAAUAUGUUGGAUGCAAUGUCCGCCGUCGCUAAGGAGACGAGGAGACGUCUGAAGACACUGGAGACGUCGUAGUCCACCUUGCACACUUGCAGGUCACAGUUAGCUUUCGGGAGCUGAGUAACAAGUGCAUAAAGUGUGAAUAAGCCGCUGGAGUGGACACAUCAAUAUAUGCAGUUUUGCGAAAUCAUCCUGUUUUACCUGUGGAAACUGAUCCGAAACCUCUGUUUGGUCUGUGUUAGCCCUGUGCUAACACCCUUUGGCUGUGCAGUGGUGUAGCCGAGUACCGACCGAAGGUGCCACCACGGCCCUGAAUUCUCGACGAGUUCCCGGCUCCGGCCCGUUUCAGCGGGCAGUCAGGAAGAAGUUGGCCGGGAAGGGAUGGCCUGGCCGCUCCUUCAAACCCAAAAGCCAAGGCGCUGCUGUGUAUGAGGGAGGCCACGUCAGGUUACAGGCCACUGCCGUGGGUAGAGGCUCUGCUAUGGCUGCCUCCGGACUGUCAUUGAGAAAAAGCGAGGAAAUAGUAGAUUUGAUCUAUUUGUUCUCCAAGACACAGUACAGAGCAAAAGAAGUGACCCCACAGGUGGAGGCAAUUGAGAGGCGCACCCUCGACUUAUUCUCAAGGGAUUAUAAGUAUAGCAUCAUCCACAACUCUAAUGGAGAGGUGUGCGGCCACUACCCACGGCAAAUUGUGUUCCUGGAGCAAGAGCUGGAGUGUGAGAGAAGCAGAUCUGAAGGUGCUGUACACAUCAGUAAGCUUCAGGACCUGGUAAACAGGAGUAAGCUUGCCCGAUGUAGGGGAAGAUUUGUUUGUCCUGUUAUCCUCUACAAGGGAAAGCAUAUUUGCCGGUCAUCUACUCUAGCAGGCUGGGGGGAGCUCUAUGGCCGAACAGGCUACAACUACAUAUUCUCAGGGGGCACUGAUGACACAGUGACAGAGCCAGAAGAGGUUCCAGAGGAUGACAGUGGAGUGAGGAAUGGUGACUCUCAACUGUUUGAUAAGGUUCGUGGUCACGACAUUAAGCUACUACGCUACCUUUCUGUGCGCUACAUCUGUGACCUGAUGGUGGAGAAUAAGAAGGUUAAAUUUGGUCUAAAUGUAACCUCUUCCGAAAAGGUGGAUAAAGCUCAACGCUAUGCAGACUUCACUCUGCUUUCAGUGCCUUAUCCAGGGUGUGAGUUCUUUAAGGAGUACAAAGACAGAGACUACACAGCAGAAGGUCUUGUUUUUAACUGGAAUCAGGAUUAUGUGGAUGCGCCUUUGACAAUCCCUACAUGCUUCACUCAGAACCUAAACAUAGACUGGACCCAGUACCAGUCCUGGGACUUGGUGGAACAAACUCAAAACUACCUGAAGCUGCUUCUUCAUAUCAUUAACAGUGAUGAUGAGAGCGGGCUGCUGGUGCACUGCAUAUCUGGAUGGGACAGAACGCCUCUGUUUGUCUCUCUUCUCCGGCUGUCUCUGUGGGCUGAUGGUAUUGUGCACGCUAGUCUGGAGCCAGCAGAGAUUCUGUACCUAACCAUCGCAUACGAUUGGUUCAUGUUUGGUCACAUGCUGCCUGAUCGCCUCUCCAAAGGGGAAGAGAUAUUUUUUUUCUGCUUCAAUUUUUUGAAGCACAUUGUUUCAGAGAAGUUCUCUGCUGUAAAGAGACUGAGAAGAAAGAAUUCACAGUUCAAAGAUAAUGAAUUUACUGUGGAUGACCUCUGUCAGUUAAAGUCGAGAGACCGUGGCAGUGUGACCAGUCUGAGCAGUGAGUUCUCUCUGAUCACUGAGGAGCUUGGAGGACCUUCCAGUUUGAACAGUGAUACCCCAGACCUAUUUAUGAACCAACCAGCUGCUGCGUGCUGGAGGAAAGGCCCAUCCCCCUCUCCUCAGGUGAUGUGGAACAGACUGGAGGAGAGCAUAUCACAUCAACUGAGUGAGGCCAGGUCCUCCAGCUCCUCCUCCUCCAACCAGUCCGACCAUGGGCUCACACACACUGGCAGCAGUCCUCUAGCUGUUCCUGGGAGAAGGCUGAUUGUAGACAGUGCACGCUCUGCCUCAUCAGUCUCUACAGAAUAUGGAAGCUGGCAGAUUGUCUCAGGGUGUGGGAGCAUUCAUGAUCAUGCACACUUUCCUGCACCCACAGCCUCAGUCUCCUCCAGCUCAUCUGUGGUAGCUCCUCCCUACGACUCCCCCUUGCCCUUCAGUUUUCAGGAAGACGGGCCUAGUGGGCGUAUGUGUCCCUUGCCCUCUGAGCGGCAGACCCGGCUUGAAUCAGUGCGGGAGAUCUUCUUGGCGGCUUACAGCUCCACAGUGGGUCUCAAGUCUUCCACUCCCAGUCCUUCAGCUGCCAUCUCUGGCCUGUUGGAGCAGUUUGCUCGUGGUGUUGGCCUCCGAGGGCAUAAUGCUAUUGUCUAAAGCCUCCGAUACUCCUGUCAAACAGGCUAAGCUAUGUCUACCACUGCUCUGUCUGCUGCAAAAACAAAGCCUCCAAUUCCAGUUUAAUGAUUUUUUUUUUUUUUUUUUUUUUUUUUUAAAUGCUCUAAACACUUUUGUCUGGAUUUUCAAAGGGAUGUUUCUGCUAAAGGGAAGGGAGUAAAAUUAUUAUGCUUAAUGGCAGAUGUAUGUGAUCAUUAUUUAUAGAUGAUCAUCCUUUAGAAAAUUUGAUCAAUUAAUUAUUUUAAUCCUGUUGCUCUUUCACAUUCAAAGAAGG